UAGAUCUUGAAUAUUCGCAAUUCAAAACAAGUUUGUCUUUCUCUUAGUCAAGCAACUCCAAAGAAAACAUUUCAGCCGUGGUCCCCUUUUCAUCAGUGCUCUGAUCAUAUCACUGGGGCCCGCCCCGAAGUCAUCGCUGACAUUGCCCACCGCGCCAUCAAGUGCCAAGGACAGCCAGCGCAAUGUCCAGCAGCAAUCAAAUGGUUGAUAAACCAGACCCACUGGUCUGCCCCAAACGGACCUCAACCAACACGUCGAAGACAACCUCAAGCACAGAAGGCCAUACCAGUCUUGAGAUGAAUGUGCCCGAGGAGCCAGCUAGACGCGGCUCGUGGCUGUUUGGCCGGCUUUCAGCAGCUCCUGUUCCGCUUUCUGCCCCUGCAACGCCGCCUCCGGAGCUGGAGGAAGGACCAGACAACCAGACGAUGACCGGCAUAGGUUGUUUGUUUUCGCAGUUGUUGCCAUCCAGACCACCUUCUCUCACUCUUGGGAGCGAAAGCAACACAGACGCCCCGAGCACUCCUAGCCAGGCGUCUGAUGCCAAUGAUUCCAACGAUCAAGAAAAAACCCACCGUCCGAGCGAAGACUCUCUGGAGACACCCCGAGCGACAGCUUCAUCUCACACGCCAACUGUGACAUUGUCGAUGCAGGCCUUAAUUUUUGGCCAGGUCCCUCCGUUGACACCUGACACUCCAAUCCCUACAGGGUCGAAGCGCGCUCCCGGUUCUCCAUGCGCUCCCCGUCCUAAGAAGGCAAGGCGCAGUAUGGGUGUCGAUGUCGAAGACGAGGGGUACUCUGAGGCGCAAUACCAGGAGCCGGCAACUGGACAGUCACUCCAGCAUAUCCAGCAGCUCACCAUUGAUCUGGUUGGCUCUACUCGUGUUGCCAUCGACCCAGGCAACACUCCGAUUGCCGAAACCGAAACAAAUACCCAAGCCGAACUACAGCUUGGGUCACACAGCUCCUGCCAGGCCAUAUCAACCAAACAUUCUGCCAACCCUUCAUUUUCCCUUGCCAUUGAGUGGUUCUCCGAGGAUGAGAUCCUCGAACAACUAUCGGUGUUCUUGGCCGCAUACCGGGCUUUUCACCUCGAACCAGAUGCAGCCGAACAACCAAGGGUCAGAGACCGGGAAGCUGCGCAACUGGCCAAACAAACUUUUGAGGCGAUUUUCCACCCCAAGCUGAACUUGGAGGAUGACAAGAAGUUCAUACUCCAAGAGGAAGAGGAAGAUGUCUUGACCGUUUUUGCGAUAUGGGUUCGGGACAUGAAGGCCUCCUCGGACGUGGAUUGCGAACCCUUUGGGAAUGUAGCAGACUGCAUGCAAAGGGUAGCUGAUCUGUCGGCGGCCCCUUUUAUCCGACGAUUGGUUGUGUUCGGCGAGCCGCUGGAUAUCGACCUGGCUGUCCGGGAAAUAUCGGGGACAUUGAUGCCAACGUAUCAAGACGAUGGCAUUAUCGAGUGGGAGUUUGACAUGUUUUCCCGUGACUUUGAGCAGCUUAGCAUUAAGUGACUGGUUGAGGACAGGACGCCAAGACCGAGUAUUGCGACAUGAAGGGCUCAUGAGGGGUUGAAGCCGGAAGAUAUUGAAGAAAGACUAGAAUGCCUGGAGCAUUUUUUCCUAGGGUAACGGUGCGUUUUGUUGAUAGAUUGAGAAUUUCUGUAAACCUGUCAAUACGAAAUCAAGAGCUUUUGG